AAAAAUCCUUGCAGGUUAUAGCCACGACUACAUAGUUUGUACAAGCCGACAAUACACAUACAGCACCCAAAAGAUAAAGAUUCGCCAUGCCUACCACUCUUCACAAGACCCGCAAGCAGAUUUCAAAAAAGAGAAAUGGCGUCGUUAAUGCUCUACAUGAAAAGUCCAGAGACUCAAUGCGCCUUCACAAGGCUGGUGUAAGAGACCAGCGCAUUGAGAAACUCGCAGCUGCCAGGAGUAAAAAGGAACAACCUCUAGUUGACCGUGUUGCUUUCUUUCAACAAGCUCUACGCCUUAAAGACAGAGAUAACAAAGGUGCCCCAGAAAUUGAUGAGGUUCAGCGCAUGAUUCACAGUUUCGUUCAUCAAUACGAUGAGGAGUAUAACGAAACCAAGAAGGCCCGUCGCCCUGGCCGGCCUGCUAGUGUGAAAGAAGAUCUCCUCAAAGCCAAAAUCAACAUACUAGAGGAAGAGUACAAGAGUGGUUUUGUUAUGCCUGAUAUCUUGGACAAUGUAAAUGUGAACGCACUUCACCUUUGGGAAGGCUCCUGGUCAUAUCUCACCCAACUGAAAUGGGUCAAGGUCAAUAGUGAAGGCCAAGUCAGACCGACCAGCUUCCCAUCAGGCGGCACCAACUGAGUAUCUGGCGCAUAUCAGGAUGCACUGAAUCAAUAAUACAACCGGAAGUGGGAUGACUGCCGUCUCAUAUACAGGCGAGCUCGACCACGCAGUAGUUGUACAAGGACGAUUUGAAAGACACCGGGUCAAACGAGCAAGACCAUAACCCCCAUCAAGUGCUCAACAUGAACACCAAGGAAUACAAUACAAACCGAUUCUAUGGAUCCGAUGGACAACGAAUCUAUCGCCACCAUCUUCCUGCCGCAAGCAAUGCAGGGAAGAUUCUAGAAGCUAGACACGAACAAGCUGCCUGGACAUCCCAUCAAUGGUCUUGAGUAAUGGGUAGGUAUCGUGUUGGAGGAUGAUUUGAUUCAUAAGUUCAGACUGAAAUUAGAGGGAGAGAAGGAAGCUACAAGUCUUCUUGCGUUCACAAUUCUUACACUACCCACAGCUCUGUGGUUAUUCAACAUCAACGGCGACUCAAAUUACGUGAUGUUCAAACAGGGAACCCUUUUGGUAAGGAAAAGGUUACCGGAACCAUCCAGCAUUUCUUACUCAUGAUACGCUAUGAACUACCUAUCGUAUAAUGCAAGAUUCAUGUUCAAAUUAAUUCUACGUAACAAUUGAUGUCCUUUCGACCGCCA